AUGAAAGCCUUAGUGUAUUAUGAAGAUCAAAGCAAGAAAGAACCUCAGGCUAUUGUUUAUUUCCAAGCUAUUCAAGACGUUUAUGUCGAUCAUGACGGUGAAACAAGAGGUAAUUUAUUGAAGUCCUCGUUCUGUGUGAAAAUGCCUUUAAAGACAUACACAUUAGCAGCUGAUAACGCUUUGGCAAUGAGUGUGUGGAUUGAUGUUUUGUUAACAGGACGUGAAGGAACUGCUUUGUUAAACAACUAG